ACAGGAGCAGGAACUCUACUGGAGGACAGAACUGUACUCGGAUAACAGGACGAUGCAUUCGCAAAUGGAUCGAAAGGAGUCUCAGUGUCGCAUCUGUCUUUUGCUGCCCAAGGAUGAGUCCCUCAUGCCCACGGAGUCGGACUUUUGCGAGCAAAUCCAACGCUGCACUGGAAUUCAGCUCAAGGAGAACUCUAGCUUGCCCAAUCUAAUCUGCACCAGCUGUGCCCUGCUACUCCGGGCGGCACUCAAAUUGCGAUCGCUUUGCCAAGAGGCAGAGAAAGCAUUGCAGCAGCAGAGGAUCAAAAUCGACAUUGAAGAUAAUGUCCCACGGCUGGAGGAUAAAAGUAAAGAUCUGCCCAGGAAGGAGGCAAGCUGCAGUGACAGCGAAGUGGAGUACGAGUACCUGGAACCCUACGACUUGGAUGCGCCUGGUAGUGUCGAUGAGAUAAUUAGCAUAGAACAUUUGACCUCAACUCCAACAUCACUCCUCAAGGAAGAAUCAGUUGAAUCUAUGACUCCAGAGCCAGAGGCAGGUGAAAAUGAUCAGGCUCUUUCGCUUUCCUGCAAAAUUUGCAAUAAACCUCUUCCCGAUCGGAUAAAGCUAGCAGCUCAUCUAAAGGUCCACAACAAAGAGAAACCACAUGAGUGCGAGAUCUGCCACAAGCGCUUCCGGCAAACGCCACAGCUGACUAGGCAUAUGAACACACACACGAGGAACCGUCCGUACAAGUGUGAUUAUUGCGAUUCUUGCUUCGCUGACCCUUCAACCCGCAUUAAGCACCACAGAAUCCACACCAAUGAACGUCCGUACAAGUGCAAGCAUUGCAGCAAGUCGUUUGCCUACUCCAAUGUCCUCCGAGUUCACAUUAAAACGCAUACGGGUGAAAGACCGUUUAGUUGCCAGCACUGCCAGCGAACCUUCUCUCAGUUGCACCACAAAAACGCACACGAGAAGUCCCACAAACCAAAAGACCACGCAGAAGCCAAGAUCAACUUGGUAGAGCAAAUAAAAUAAGUUUAACACGGUUUUUAAAAAGUUAUUUCAUUAUAAUCAGACCUCCGCUUGCAGUUGGAAAGAAAGCCUUUCUAGCCGUACUUUGCUUUUUUUCUAGUUCAACCAAAAAGCAGUUUUAUCGCUUGGUCGGUUUUAUCGGCUGAUUCGGGAUCGUUUUCUUCCUGGGAUCUUAUAAGAGUUUUUCACUUACAUUUUUUAGGCUUUUCUUUUAAACAGAA